GUUCUCUAUCAGAAUGUGCAUAAACUGCUAUAGCUUUUCGAAUCUCAAUGGCAUUGAGAAAGGCAGCUUCUCUCUGUUUCUUCUUUUCCCUUGUGUUCUUGGUUUGUGUCCAUGGGCACCCAAAUUACAGGGAUGCCUUAACAAAGUCACUCUUGUUCUUUGAAGGACAGAGGUCUGGGAGGCUCCCCUCCAGCCAAAGAAUGAAAUGGAGAUCCAACUCUGCACUUUCUGAUGGCUCAGCUGCCCAAGUGGACCUAUCAGGCGGCUACUAUGACGCCGGCGACAAUGUAAAGUUCAACUUUCCGAUGGCAUUCACCACCACAAUGUUGUCAUGGGGGGCGCUGGAGUAUGCCAGACCCAUGGGUUCCGAGUUGGCCAAUGCAAGAGCUGCCAUCCGAUGGGCCACAGACUACCUUCUCAAGUGCGCCACAGCAACCCCCGGCAAGCUUUAUGUAGGCGUUGGUGACCCCAAUGCCGAUCACAAGUGCUGGGAGCGGCCCGAGGACAUGGACACAGUCCGCACUGUCUACUCUGUGUCGCAGAGCAACCCUGGCUCUGAUGUGGCUGGGGAGACUGCAGCCGCACUAGCGGCUGCAUCCUUGGUUUUCCGGAAGGUUGAUCCGGUGUACUCAAAGAGGCUCCUAUCAACAGCCAAGAAAGUGAUGCAGUUCGCUAUGAAUUACAGAGGGGCUUAUAGUGACUCCCUUGGGUCAGCUGUCUGCCCUUUCUAUUGUUCAUAUUCGGGAUAUAAGGAUGAACUUCUAUGGGGAGCUUCAUGGCUUCUCAGAGCCACAAACGAUGUUACCUACUUCAACUUCUUGAAAUCGCUUGGAGCCGAUGACUCGACUGACAUUUUUAGCUGGGAUAACAAAUUCGCGGGUGCCCGUGUUCUUCUAUCAAGGCGAGCUUUGCUGAGCAAGGACAUGUCCUAUGAUCGAUUCAGACAACAAGCUGAAGAUUUUAUGUGCCGAAUUCUACCCAACUCUCCCUCUUCAAGUACAACAUACACACCAGGUGGUAUGAUGUUCAAGCUGGGCUCCAGCAAUCUCCAAUAUGUUACUUCCAUUUCCUUCUUGCUCAAUACAUAUGCCAAGUACAUGUCAUCCAGCAGCCAUACCUUCAAUUGUGGGAGCACCUUGGUCAAGUCAAGCAGCUUGAGAAGCCUAGCAAAGAGACAGGUGGACUACAUUCUUGGGGCGAACCCACUGAACAUGUCUUACAUGGUGAGCUAUGGAGCAAAGUUCCCCAAGAGAAUUCACCACAGAGGGUCCUCCUUGCCCUCCUUGGCAGUUCACCCACUGUCCAUAGGCUGCGAUGGCGGUUUUCAACCCUAUUACUACUCACAAAACCCUAACCCUAACUCCUUAACCGGUGCUGUUGUUGGUGGCCCAAAUCAGAAUGAUGCCUACACGGAUGACCGAACCGAUUACAGCCAUUCAGAACCGGCCACCUACAUCAAUGGUGCACUGGUCGGACCUCUAGCUUCCUUUGCAGGGAGCUACAACAAAUGAUGAGCCGUUCCAGGGAUGAUAUAUUGGCUUGAGUAUUUCAUCCAUCUCUCUCUCAUGUAAUCAUUCUCAGUAACAGCUGUAGUUAGGCGCCCAAGAAUGAGCCCGGGCUAUAUAUAUGAAGUAGGAUGUGAUUUAGAUUUAUAACUACCCAACCAAGAAGAUAGUCUCUGUUUGUCUGCAGUGCAAAUUCUGAAUCGGAUACAAAUUUUGCAACCGAUUCAGUUUUGCAUUCGUUUGUUGUAACCAUGAAUUACAUUCUUACCUGAUACACAUCUUGUACUUUUUUACAUUUCAAAAACUGAUGUGAAAUUUGUACAACUUGACCAUGUCA